AUGUUCUAUUUCCACUGCCCGCCCCAGCUGGAGGGCACUGCGCCCUUUGGCAGCCACUCGCCGGGGGAUUUUGACGAUGGGUUCCUACGGAGGAAGCAGCGGCGGAACCGGACAACGUUCACGCUGCAGCAGCUGGAAGCUCUUGAGGCGGUCUUUGCUCAGACACACUACCCUGACGUCUUCACGCGCGAAGAGCUGGCCAUGAAGAUCAACCUCACCGAAGCCCGCGUGCAGGUCUGGUUCCAGAACCGAAGGGCCAAAUGGAGGAAGACAGAGAGGGGCGCCUCGGACCAGGAACCGGGUGCCAAGGAGCCCAUGGCUGAGGUGCAGCCGCAGCCACCGGUGAGAAACAUCAACUCCCCACCCCCCGGCGACCCUCAGGCCCGCAGCAAGAAGGAGGCCCUGGAGGCCCAGCAGAGCCUGGGCCGGACGGUGGGCCCUACAGGCCCCUUCUUCCCUUCCUGCCUGCCAGGGACCCUCCUGAACACGGCUACAUAUGCCCAAGCCUUGUCACACGUGGCCUCCCUGAAGGGGGGCCCGCUGUGCUCCUGCUGCGUGCCCGACCCCAUGGGGCUCUCCUUCCUCCCCACCUAUGGCUGUCAGAGCAACCGCACGGCCAGUGUGGCCGCCCUGCGCAUGAAGGCCCGGGAGCACUCGGAAGCUGUCCUGCAGUCGGCCAACCUUCUGCCCAACAGCAGCAGCAGCCCCGGCCCCGCCGCCAAGCCUGCACCCCCUGACGGCGCCCAGGACAAGAGCCUUCCCAGGAAGGAACAGAGCGAGGGAGAGAAGAGCCUAUGA